AUGGGUUUCAGGUCAAAGCGGUGUCGAAAGGCUGCCACUCCCCCUAAGAUCACUCCUCAACAAGCCCAAUCGAUCUCGGCUUCUCUCGGCAUCACUAACCAGCCUGUUCACGGUUCGAAUGCAAAUCUCGAGGACUCACUCAAUGACCCCGUAUUGGCUCAAUACAUGCCUUUUCCGGACCAAGCAGAACCCUCUACUCCUCCGAUCCCUGACGAUGCCGAUCACUUUGCUCAAGAAAGUCGUGAAUAUUGGAAAGAAGAGGCUCGAAGACGUCAAAAACUUCAGUGGAAAGAAAUUGAAGUUCCGAUGACUGCUACUUAUCUAGAACUUCAGCAUAAACGAAGGAAUUGGACUUCUGAAGCCUCGUACCUCGAUCAAAAUAUACACUGUCAAUGCUCCGAUUCUGAACUCACAUUGCAACCCCUUGAUCUUAUCGACAUCUUAGGAUUUCACAGCAAAACCUAUAUUUCUUUCUUCAACAUGUAUCGAUCAAUCAUGCUCUGUACGAAGAAAAUUUAUAACGAAGGCCUCACACUUUCAAACGCUCAACUAUUGGCUGAUCGCUGUGGUAGAUGUUUUGGACCAGCAAUUAAUGAAGAACAUUUACCUCAAGAGCCACAUGUUAUUGUUGCUUUAGAUGGUAAUUUUCAACAUAGGCAUUACACCCAGUCAAGCAAAGAUAAUCCUACCGAAGACGAGUAUCCGGAGAUUUUUAUAAAACCGUCUGAUAUGAAAAAGCACGAGAUUCUUCAGCAUUCGACCGAAGCCCAAGCCAAGAACAUUAAGGUAGGAAUUACAAAUUAA